AUGGCGACGGUGUCCUUGACCCCUGGGCCUGGGAACGUUUCACUCCGGGUCAUGUGUGCCCUCGGAGAGAUUAUGGUCGUGUUCGGGUACGGCGACGGCAUCCUGUCUUCCAGGAUGGGAAAUUCUUGGGAAGGGCUCACUCUGGGCUCUGGCUCUUGCGAGCAUCUUGUGCCGGUUUAA